UGAUAGGAGUGGAUGAAAUUACUUGGAUCAGGAUUAUUGCACUGGAAGGUCCGUGUGUGUCAGUCAAAGUUGGAGGGGAAGUUCGACUUGGCCUAGAUUGCAUUCCCGCACCAUUCCCGAUUUGGCUCCAUGUGCCGCCGCUGACUCAGGGGUUUUUCGAUUGACUGUAUAAGGGUGGGAGGUAUUGUCAAGUCGCUCAUUUCGGGGGCAACUAUGGCUAUCGACAACGAUAAUAAUUUACCGAACACCACCGUGACCAAGGAAGAAGUCAAUCUCAACGGCGUUGCCAGAACCCUCUUGGUUACCCUUGCUGCCAGAGCCUCUGACUUCCGUGCCCCCACACCCGUUCUUGGUGAUCCAUACGCUCAAGAUAUCCUGGACCGGCUUGACGUGGACGUUGAUGAGAUUGCUCCCACACCUAACCAGUGUGCUGCUAUCGCCGUUCGAACAAGGCAUUUCGACAGAUGGACUUCGGAAUUCGUCCAGCGCAACCAGAAGAGUACGGUUCUGCAUCUAGCAUGUGGUUUUGAUAGCCGAAUGCAGAGGGUAAAAUGGGGCGAGAAUACUCGUUGGAUCGACAUUGACCUACCUGAGGCCAUCGACCUUCGAAGAAAGGUCCAGCCAGAAUCGUUGUCUGGCCGAGAUUACUCUCUUCUGGGGGUUGAUGUUCUCGACGAGGACUGGAUGAAGAAUAUCACAACCCAUGAACCCGUUCUUGUCGUGAUGGAGGGAUUACUGUGCUAUCUGCCCGAAGAAGAUGUGAAACGACUGGUACAACGGCUCUGCCAAACCUUCCCCAAUGGCGAACUCCUCUUCGAAUGUAUAACUAUGGCAACACUUCAAAGUCUCCAGCGCCAGAAUCCAAUCGAGUUCAUCAAUAGCAGCAGAGCACAGUUCCAUUGGGGCGUGGAUGACCCGAAGUUGCUCGAAGGCCUCCAUCCAGGGCUGAAAUUGGUUGAAUCCGUCCGCCUGGCGGAGGCACCGGGCGUUGAGAAGUUUCCUUUGGGGUAUCGUGCGCUUAUGUAUUUACUUUCUUGGAUCCCUGGAGCUCGAGACUCGGCGAGGUUCUUGCGUUUUGAAUUUGGCGAAGUUAAUAGGAGUAAACAAUAAGCUACAGGGUCCAGUUUAGAAGGCUAGAGGCUAUGAUGAGAAAUCUAUACAAUCUAACCACUCAUGGUUUGCUAUACUAAGCAGUAGAUGGCCAGAGGUGGAUCCGGUGAAUUAUCAAUGCACGAUUCGCUGAAUAGUC